AUGGGCAGUAUCUCAAACGGCAAUGCCGUUACUGAGGCUAAUCGGUAUACUAAUGGUCAUGCAUCUACCAAUGGAAGCCAGCAGAACGGUCAUCCAACACCGUCACUUGAGCCCAUAGCCAUCGUGGGCAUGGCUUUGAGACUCCCUGGAAAAAUACACACUCCAGAAGCAUUAUGGGACCUUAUCAUCAACAAGAAAACGACGAGAGGACCAAUACCAAUGUCUCGAUACAAUGUCGAUGGAUUUUACAACGCUUCAAAUCGGCCAGGGAGCGUCAGUGUACGCCAUGGUCAUUUUCUCGAUGAGUCCGAUGCUUUUGAUGUACUAGACACGUCACUAUUCAGCAUGAGCAAAGCUGAAGUCGAAAAGCUGGACCCUCAGCAACGCAUGUUGCUCGAAGUCGUCUGGGAGUGUAUGGAAAAUGCUGGCCAGCAUGACUGGCGUGGCAGUAAUACUGGUGUAUUCGUAGGCACAUGGGGUGAUGACUGGUUGGAUUUUCUGGCCAAGGACCCUCAGCAGACCGGGGGAAUACUCAAUACCGCCGGAGCUGGAGACUUUGCUAUCUCAAACAGGAUAUCAUACGAAUACGACCUGCAAGGUCCAAGCAUGACCAUUAAAGCAGCAUGUGCGUCUUCGAUGAUCUGUCUUCACGAGGCUUCGCAAGCUCUCCGCAAUGGAGAGUGUGAUGCAGCGAUCGUGGCGGGCACCAAUCUGAUAUUGACGCCCACUGGCACAAUCGCGCAGUGUGAAGCUGGUGUUUUGUCACCCACUGGCGAGUGCCGAACCUUCGACGCGUCUGCCAAUGGGUAUGCUCGUGGAGAGGCAAUAAAUGCCAUUUUGAUCAAGCGUUUGGACGAUGCACUGCGACACAAAGAUCCCAUACGUGCAAUUGUCCGAUCCUCAGCAGUAAAUGGAGACGGAAGGAGCGUAGGUUUGAGCAAUCCCAACCCAAAAGCGCAUGAACGAUUGAUCCGACGAGCUUAUGAAGCUGGCGGGCUUGGAAGCCCUUCAGAGACUCCAUAUGUCGAGGUACAUGGGACAGGAACAACUAAGGGUGAUCCUCUUGAACUUGAGGCAAUCGCAAACGUGUUUGGCGACUCCCAGGACACGUAUAUUGGAGGUAUCAAACCGAAUGUCGGCCACGGGGAAGGAGCCUCGGGAGUCACUAGCAUCAUCAAAGCGGUCUUGGCAUUGGAGAAGAACCAAAUCCCACCCCAAGUCAACUUCGUAACACCCAAUCCCGACAUCCCCUUUCAAAGAGCACGCCUCAUCGUGCCUCUGGAGGCAACACCUUGGCCCAAUGAUCGCCCCAAGCGGAUCAGUAUCAACUCCUUUGGUCUCACAGGCGCCAACGCUCACGCAAUUCUUGAGUCCGCAGACUCUUACCAGCGGCUUAGUGUCUCCACCGAAUCUGCCGAUGGAUCAGAUGCUACAAGGUCACACCUCUUGGUGUUCUCGGCUUCGACUGGAGAUUCACUGAAGAGGAGAGCUGCUGAUGUCCUCACCUAUGGCACAUCUCACCCAGAGUCUUUUAAGCAUUUAGCACACACGCUCAGCAAUGGAAGGGAUCACCUCUCCCAUAGGGCGUAUGCCAUCAGUACUAGAUCUCAUGUUGGCGAGAUCAUCAGCUCAGAAAGAGUGAAGCAAGCACCCAAGGUCAACUUUGUUUUCACUGGUCAGGGAGCACAAUGGGCCACGAUGGGGAAAAGCCUCAUAGAAGAUUUUCCCGCCUUUCGAGAAGACUUGGUCUAUCUAAACAGUGUGCUCAAGCAGCUCCCGGAUCCUCCAUCAUGGGAUCUUUCAGCUGAGCUAUUGAACGAAGGGCUGAGGAGUAGACUGGACAAGGCAGAAUUUGCUCAACCACUAUGCACUGCGAUCCAGAUCGGCUUGGUGAACCUACUGCUAUCCUUAGGCGUUACUCCAUCCGCUGUGACAGGCCAUUCAAGUGGUGAAAUUGCGGCAGCUUAUGCUUCAGGAGCAGUUACAGCUGAGGAGGCGAUUGUGAUCGCUUUUUAUCGUGGCCUCACCACCAAAUUGUGCUCAAGAAAAGGUGCGAUGGCCGCAGUCGGUAUCGGUCGUGCGGAAGCGACUCUGUAUCUUGAAGAAGGUGUUACUAUCGCUUGCGAGAAUAGUCCUCAGUCUGUCACACUUUCGGGCGAUGUCAAUGUGAUUGAUAGUGUGCUUGAGCAGUUGAGGUAUGAUGAUGCCGCUGUCUUCGCUCGACGACUGAAGACCGAUGGCAUGGCAUAUCAUUCCCACCACAUGGCAGACAUCGGACCAAUAUAUGAGAAAUAUAUCGAGGCUUUUGUCACAGCAAAAUCUUCCACAACCGCGUUCUUCUCCAGUGUUACUGGCAAAGCUCUAGACGGGGACAAGCUCGGCGCUGACUAUUGGCGACGGAACCUUGAAUCCCCGGUAAAGUUUUUUCCUGCGGUCAAAUCGAUGAUCGAGAGUCAAGGAUCAAAUCAAUUAUUCCUGGAGAUUGGUCCACAUUCUGCCCUGGCCGGUCCACUACGCCAGAUAUUCAAAAUAUCAUCUUCAAAGAUCAAGCUCAGCUAUUCCUCGUCAAUCGUCAGAGGUAAAAAUGAGACAUCCAGUAUUCUGGACAUGUGUGGCCAGUUAUACCUCCAGACGAUACCAUUGAAUCUCGGGCUGUUGACUACGGGAGGCCGUAUCUUGACCGAUCUACCAAGUUAUCCAUGGGAUCAUGAAGCAUCGCACUGGGCCGAGAACAGAGUUUUGAGAGAGUGGAGGCUCCGUCAGUUUCCUCCCCACGAGCUACUGGGCUCUCGAAUCUUGGAAGGUAACGACUUCGAGCCGACUUGGAGGAAUCUUUUACUCCUGAAGGACACUACAUGGCUUCGAGACCACAAGGUUCUGGACGAUGUCGUCUUCCCUUGUGCUGGGUACAUCGCGAUGGCAGGAGAAGCAGCCCGCCAGAUCUCCAGCCGCGAAGAUUUCACGAUUCGAAAUCUACUUAUUCAAACAGCACUGAUUGUACAAGAUAGCACGAUUGAAUUGUUCACUUCCUUGCGAAAAUCGCAUGGCACCUAUGCCAACAACGAUUGGUAUGACUUCAGUAUAGUUUCACACAACGGGCAAGCUUGGAUGAAACAUUGUCAUGGACAGGUGAGAGGUGGUGGCGCGGAAAGCCCGAUGGUUGAAUCUCUUCCAAACACCAGGCCUCUACCUCGGCGGGUAACAGCUCCAUAUGAAUUCUUCCGCACAAUAGGCUUGCAUUAUGGUCCAAAUUUUCAAGGUCUGGAAAAUUUGACCGCGUUGCCUGGUCACCAAUCAGCGCUGGCUCAGCUGGCAAAUCCACCUACUACCAGUUCGCCAUAUCCAGUACAUCCAACAACGAUAGAUCAGUGCUUACAACUUCUUGGAAUGGCAGCUGCUGAAGGACUUCCUCGAAAUUUGAAGAAGAUUCCUCUUCCUACGAAUAUUGACUUACUGUACAUAAGACCUGCCAAACCUACCCAUCAGCUCCAUGCAGAGGCAAGGGCAACGUCUGUCACGAAAUCUGGAGACAUUCAAGGAGAAAUGUGUCUCUUUGCUCACGAUCAGCUUCUGCUCUCCAUAAAAGAUUGCCAACUCUCAGCAUUUGAGCAGACAGCACAUCUUGCCAAUGAGGAUUCAAUUGCUGCCGCUCGUCUAAGUUGGCGACCAGAUAUUGAUUUUGUCCGGAUAGAAGAUCUUAUGAUUUCUCAUGACAAAGAUCCAGAGGAAAUUCGUGCCAUUGAAGAAUACGGCCUUCUUUGUACAUUUGAAAUGCAACAACGUCUGAGAAGCGUGCCGGAUUCUGCUUGGCAAUUUGUGAAAUUCCGGAAAUGGAUAGACGAUCAUGUGGAGGAAGGUCAACUGGGGAAAAACAGGAUCGUUCAAAACAGUCAGGACGUCCUCGCUCUCAGUGCGGAAGAGCGUCUUGCACACAUCAUCCGCCUACAGGAUGUGUUGAAAUGUACACAAUUCGUCAAUGUGGCAGAACUUAUAACUCGUCUUCUGGAUAAUUGUGAAGGUAUCUUCGACGGUUCCACUGAAGUCCUCGACAUUUACUUACGAGAUGAUGGUCUUACUAAGCUUUAUGGCAUUACAGGAGACAGAAUCGAGUCAACAGAUUUCUUCGUCUCCCUGGGGCAUACCAAUCCAAAUUUACGAGUUCUUGAGAUAGGUGCUGGAACUGGUGGAACAACACUUGUUGCUCUCAAGUCGCUCACCUCCAUCGCGGGCGAGCCGAUGUACUCAAAUUACACAUUCACCGACAUAUCCUCCGGUUUUUUCUCCGCCGCACGAGAGCGAUUCGCUGAGUUUCCAGCCUUGGAGUUCAAGAUUUUGGACAUCAGCAAAGAUCCCAUAUCUCAAGGAUUUGAAGCUGGUACCUACGACUUAAUCGUUGCUUCGAAUGUCAUCCAUGCUACUGAUUACCUCAACAACACGCUAAAGAAUGUGAGAAAAUUGCUUCAUCCUCGAGGUCGAUUUUUCCUCCAGGAGCUCACACCUGCAGCUGCCAAGAUGAUAAACAUAAUCAUGGGCCCAUUGCCUGGCUGGUGGCUUGGUGAGGCAGAUGGACGAGUUACUGAGCCCAUCAUCUCCAUUGACCGGUGGAAUAAAGAGCUCUUGGCCGCCGGUUUCUCUGGUGUCGAGGCUGUGGUUCGUGAUGACCCAGUCGUUGAUGCCUCUGUUGGUGCAAAUAUCAUCGCUAGGCCCCAGCAGAGUAUGCAAGAUUACCCUACGAUAACGCUGCUGCUUCGACAAGAACAACUCAACAGUGAUCCAGCGAAUACGUUGAUCGAUGCCCUUACAGAUCUGGGUUUCGGUGUUGAGAUAUGCGAAUUCGGGAGUCCACUCGCGCCCUACCAAGACAUCAUAUCUCUUGUUGAACUGGACGUCCCCUUCUUCAGCCAAAUCUCACGCAAUGACUUUGAGAACUUCCAGCAGAUCGUCGCGCAUCUCAAUUCUGCACGAUUACUGUGGAUCAUGGGACCCUCUCAGAUCGAAUCAACCAACCCAGAUUACAGCCUAACUUUAGGACUCGCGCGCAGCGUUCGUGCAGAGAUGCCACUAUCAUUUGCCACCCUUGAAGCGGACUGUCUGACUAACCUGUCCGCCCAUGCGAUAUCCAGGGUAUUCAAGAAAUUCCUAGACACUGCUAAUUCUGUGAAUCCUGAUCAUGAGUUUGUGGUCAAAAAUGGCAUUGUCCACGUAGGAAGGUACCACUGGGCGAGUGUUACGGACGAACUUACCUUGACUCAGGACACCGACUCGUUUUCCAAAACCUUCCAGGUUUCCAGAAAAGGAACAUUUGCUGUCGGAAGCUGGCAAUCACGGCCGCUCGAAGUGUUGGGAACUAGUGAGGUGAUGAUUGUCUCCGAUUUCGUCACAAUUGGUUCUCAAAACUCAAUCGCUCCAAAUGCCAAUGCCCUUGUUUGCGGAUAUUCUGGUGUGAUUACGGAAAUCGGAACUGGUGUCAGCGGUCUUCAAGUGGGCGAUCGUGUCAUGGGACUAGGCAAGCAUGGCAUUUCCACCAGUCUUAUCGCCGCUGCGUCAAGCGUCACAAAAGUUCCCGAUGAUCUUGACGCAGAGGAAUUCGUCACGCUUGCUAUCCCCUUUGCUACGGUUGUUUACGCUCUGACCCACCUAGCGGGUAUCAAUUCAGAGCACAGUGUUUUGAUCCACUCUGCAUACUCUGAUAUAGGUGCAGCAGCAAUUAAAGUGUCGCAAUCUAUUGGAGCUGAGGUUUACUGUACUGUGGACAAUGAUGAGGAAGCAAGCCAUCUUCAAAAGAUUACUGGUUUCACAAGCGAUCGCGUUUUCAAAUCUACCAAUCUAUUAUUGGCAAAAGAAAUCAAAACCGCCACACGCGAUCGAGGUGUCGAUAUCGUGCUAAACAUCUCGGCAGCUGACCAUCUGGAGGUCUCUCUGAGAUCAUUGGCGAAUGGAGGAAAGGUCAUCCAGCUUGGUCCACCAGAGGCGAACCGCAAUAUAAAGCUGGAUAUGGAACUUUUAGCUGGCAACAAGAGUAUCUCCAGAGCAGAUCUGUCUGAUGCGGAGGAUUUCCAUUCUAAGCUCCUUGAGGAGGUUCUCCUUCUCUACAGUCGGGAGCCUAUACAGCCAAUCUCCGCGCGCCACAUUUUCAGCUGUGAAGAAUUUCAAGAUGCACUACAGGUUCUCCAGAAGGAUGACAAGUUCUCUUCUGUCAUAUUCAAACUACCUACAAACCAUGACACCUUGCAAGGACCGAUCGCACCACCGAAACUCCAGUUCCGAGGCGAUGUCGCAUACCUUGUAGUCGGUGGUGUCGGUGGUCUAGGUCGAGCAGUCUCAACAUACAUGGCCGAAAAUGGGGCCCGUCACUUCAUCUACCUUUCACGCUCUGCUGGCUCUGCUGGUCCUCACAAGGAGUUCUUUCGUGAAUUAACGGUCCAAGGUUGCACUGUGCAAGCCUUCUCCGGAGACAUAGCCCAAGAGGCAGACGUGCUUAAUGUCCUCACGUCAGCCGAGCACCCGAUUGCUGGUGUGCUGCACCUUGCAAUGGUUCUGCAAGACAGGCCAUUCCUCAGCAUGAAACAUUCCGACUUUCUUAUGGCUCUCAACCCCAAAGUCGCUGGCACAUGGAAUCUGCACAACGCCAUGAUCCAACAGAAUGUCACGCUCGACUUCUUCGUCAUGUUCGGCUCUAUUAGUGGAACAUUUGGCAUUGCACACCAGGCAAACUAUGCGGCAGGUAACACGUUCCAGGACGGAUUCGUACAGUAUCGUCAAUCACUCGGUUUACCUGCGAGCGUGCUCAACAUCGGCGCCAUGUCUGGUGUCGGUUAUGUCAGUGAGAACAAAAGCGUCGAGGAUUAUUUUCGGACUGCGGGCAUGCCCUUCCAAUCAGAGGAAGAACUCUUUGAAGCCCUCCAUCUAUCUCUGUUGCAACAGCAUGCCACCAAAACGCCUUCUAGUGGCGUCAACCCCGGAUAUACCUCACAAUCACAGCUAGCACUAGGCAUUCGCGCGACCAAGCCAAUGACAGACCCCUCAAACCAUGUAUUAUGGAAACACGACCGCCGCGUUGACAUCUAUCGCAACAUAGAAGCCGCACGCCUCGCCGACUCAAGCACCAACAACCCUUCAGCGACAACGGGCUCCUCCGAUGCACUAUCACUCUUCAUGAGUAGCCUGCGAACCUCGUCCUCACCACUGACACUCCUUGAUGAUCCAGCAACACUCACCCUAAUCACGCUACAGCUCGCGACCUUCAUCUACGAGAGCAUGAUGCGCUCGACGGACGGAGUCGACAUGGAGCUCGGCCGGAGCCUGAUGGCUCUUGGGGUCGAUAGUCUCGUCACCAUCGAGGUCCGGAACUGGAUUCAACGCAAGUUCGAGGUCGCGGUCAGCACAUUGGAAAUGCUGAAUGGUGGUAGUAUUGAGAAUCUAGGUGCUGUCAUCUUGGCGCGAGUCAAGGAAAGGUUUGGGAAGGUUGUGAAGUGA